AUGACGCUAAGACCAUCCCACAACCCAGCCCUAUUUGAUUAGUACAUACAAUAUGAUGGUCUCGAGGGAGAAGGAUUUCGAAUUGCACAAUCCCAUAACUCAACUGAUAUUUAUAUUGUUGACGACUAUGGUGGCUGGGUGGAUAAGGAACUAAAUUACUAUGACAGGGAUGGAGAACCAGCAGGUUAUUUCGAUAAAGAUUACAACUUCUAUGAUAUGUAAGGGUACAGAAUACCUGGUGGUUACAAGGGUGGAAAAUCUAUUGAAAGAGAAAUCAAAAAGAAGUAGAAAUACUUAGACAAUGUACCAGACAAUUCUAAACAAAAAUUUGGUAUCUCCAAGAUUUAAAUCUUUAGUGAUUGAAAUCUAAAAUCUACCACCUAACACAGUACCGAUCCAAAUUAUUAAUUACAUACUGGAACGAUGCGAUCUGAAGUAGAGUGAAAUUGAAGAGUGCAAAAAAGUGUAGAGGUAGUCCACAAAGGGAUAUGUGGUUGUGACUGGGGCAGAGAAAGUAUAGAAACUACUGGUUUUGGAAGGCAGGAAAUUUAGAUUGUAAGAGAAAGUAAUAUGGAAAAUAAUAAUAGGAUGGCAAAUUUAUUAGCAACGAUAUUCAAAUAUUUGUAAGGGAAGCCAAAUUCAAUAAUGCGAGACAAUUCUCAGAGUAUCCCCAUAAUGCUAAGAAUAACCAAUAGGAAUAGGUUGAAUAGGAUGAUGAUGGAUAAUACAAGAUUGCUUUUGAUAAUCUAGAUCCGAAAAAGUCAAACUAAGAACUAAUCGAUUGGAUUGUAGGCCAAACCAAAUGUUCAGCUAAUGAGAUUGAGUUGAAAAGACCCAACCAAAAGAAUUCAGGGGAAGUCCUCCUAUUAAGUGAAAAUCUAAUGUACUUAAUUUUGAAAUAAAACGGAAGACAAUUCGGUGAUUCCCGUAUUACUUUCAAACAAAGUAAUUUACUCAAUAAAUUGUAGUAAUUAAAUAAUGAGACUUCGAUAUUUUCAUGUGCGUGUGUGAUGCAUAAUAUAGAUACAUA